AUGGCGCUGUCGCGCGCGGAGCGCUGUCUCGCGUUGCUGCUGUGGCUUCUGUCGCGCGCCUGCCUCGCGCUGCUCGCGCUGCUGCCGCCGCCGCGCGCCGGCCCCGCGCGCGCCGCUCCGCGCGCCGUCCCGCCGCCGCGGCGCGCGCUCCUGCUGCUGCCCGCGCGGCGCCUCGCGGAGCUGCUCCGCGCGCGGCAGGUGGCGUGCGUGGAGGUGGUGGAGGCGUACGUGGAGAGGAUCAAGGAGGUGAAUCCCCUCAUCAAUGCCGUGGUUAAGGACAGGUUCGAGGAGGCCCUGCAGGAAGCCCGGCAGGUCGAUAAGCUGCUUGCGGAGGGUCCUGGCGAUGACUGCCUGGAGGAGAAGUUCCCCUUGUUGGGAGUUCCCAUCACCGUUAAGGAGGCCUUUUCUCUUUAUGGGAUGCCCAACACCUCUGGCUUGGUCAACCGCCGCAAUGUGAUCGCCACCUCGGAUGCCACUGUGGUGUCACGGCUGAAGCAGGCAGGUGCCAUCCCGCUGGGUGUCACCAACUGCAGCGAGCUCUGCAUGUGGUACGAGUCCAGCAACAGGGUCUACGGGCGGACCAACAACCCCUACGACCUGCAGAGGAUUGUGGGCGGCAGCUCAGGUGGGGAGGGCAGUGUCCUGGCAGCUGCCGGCUCAGUCGUAGGUGUGGGCUCUGACAUCGGUGGCAGCAUCCGAAUGCCCGCCUUCUUCAAUGGAGUCUUUGGCCAUAAACCCACAACAGGGGUGGUGCCCAACGACGGCCAGUUCCCCAACGCUCAGGGGGUACGCACCAGCUACCUGUGCACGGGGCCCAUGUGCCGCUACGCAGAGGACCUGGAGCCUGUGCUGAGAGUCAUGGCCGGCCCUGGGGUCAGCAAGCUGAAACUGAAUGAGAAAGUGUCGCUGGAGAAAAUCAAAUUCCACUGCAUGGAUCAUGAUGGCGGGUCCAUUUUUGUAUCACCUGUGGACAAGGAGAUCUUGCAGGCCCAAAAGAAGGUGGUGGAGCACCUUGAAAGUGACCUUGGGGUCCGGGUUCAGCAUGUGGCAAUCCACAAGAUGAAGUAUUCUUUCCAGAUCUGGUCAGCCAUGAUGUCAUCCAAGGACAGUGAGGGACAGGAGGCACAAAGAUUCACAGACCUGCUGGGGGACCAUGGGAAGCCAGUGUGGCCGCUGUGGGAGCUGAUGAAGUGGCUCGUGGGGAUGUCUUCUCACACUCUCCCGGCUAUCGCCCUGGGACUGACAGAGAAGCUGGUGAACCUCAACCUCAGUGGGAAGGCCAAGCUGGUGAGCAUGGGGAAGAGCUUACAGGAGGAGAUGGAGGCACUGCUGGGGCCAGAUGGGGUGCUCCUCUACCCCUCACACCCCACCAUCGCCCCCAAGCACCACUCCCCCAUCUGCAUGCCCUUCAAUUUUGCUUACACAGCCAUCUUCAACGUCCUGGGCCUGCCGGUGACGCAGUGCCCGCUGGGGCUGGGCCGCGAGGGGCUGCCGCUGGGCAUCCAGCUGGUGGCGGCCUCCUACAACGACCACUUGACGCUGGCGGUGGCCCGGUACCUGGAGAAAGCCUUUGGAGGAUGGGUUUUGCCAGGGGAAGGUUAACCUUGGGCGACAGGGACAGAGGCAGUGACAAGUGCUGAUGCUUGAUCCCAUCAUGGCACUGCCUGCUCCCUCUGCAUCCCCCUGCACCCUGCUGGGAGUGGCUGGUGGUGUCUCCAGCGCAGGAACAGCUGGACCACUGCCACCGAGUCCUCAUCCCUGUGGCACCCUCUGUCAGGGAGA